AUGGCCCCAACACCUCCAUCGCUUGAGUCCAGCAUCAGCGGACAUUCGCCUGAAGGACAAUACAGAGUUAUCCGCAAGAGAAACAGAGUACCCCUGUCCUGCGGUCCUUGUCGACAACGAAAGUUAAAAUGCAAUCGCUCUAAUCCAUGCGAAAACUGCGUCAAACGCGGCGAUGCCUCGUCCUGUUCAUAUGCUCAACCCAACGUUCGGAAGAAAAGCACCCCGCAGCAACCGGCUUUGGCUACUCCAGACGAUAUGCAGAAUAGGAUUGACCGGUUGGAGGGUCUGGUGCUGUCUUUAAUGACCAAUGGGUCACCAUCUGCAGGACCAGCGGCAGCCAUGGCAGCGUUAUCUGGUAGCGACAGUUCUGCUCACUAUUCUAAUAGCGUGAGCGUAAGCGCAAAUGAGGAAGAUGGCCCUGCGGGUCUAGAGGAAAGCGAUACAGAACAGGUCACAAAAUCAUUCGGUAUCAUGAAGGUCGAUAAUAACAAGUCAUACUACAUCAGUGAUGCACAUUGGGCAUCCGUUCUGAACGACAUUUCUGAAGUUCGGAAUUAUUUUACCACACACAAAAAGCAGUAUGAAGAACAAGCAGAAAAGCUCCAGGCGAGCAAGCCACCCACCGACAUCCCCGGAUCCGCGCUGCUUUUUGGCGCUACGAAACCAACUAGUCGAGCUGAGAUCAUGGCCUCCUUGCCUUCCAAAUAUACUACAGAUAUCCUAGUUGCACGAUACUUCAGCUCCUACGAUCCUGCUACUCACAUCCUCCACGGGCCUACUUUCCAGGUUGCAUAUAACAGACAUUGGGAAGACCCUUCCCAAACGUGCAUUGUCUGGAUUGCCAUGCUAUUUUCUAUGAUGCGGCUUGCGAUGUUGUCGUAUCAUUUGGAAGGCGAUGGACCUCCUGAGUUUCGGGCCAAAUCUCUGGACAUGGCAGCGAACUUCCGCAACGUGAUGGCACAGUGCUUGAUGCUAGCAGAUUAUACAAAGCCGUACCGGUACCUGAUUGAAACAUUGGUUUUCCAUCUCCAUGGAGACUUUCGUCAGACUAAGGAGGCGAAUGUGUCUAUAUGGAUCCUGGUAGGCGUCAUUGCACGAUUAGCCAUGCGGAUGGGGUAUCAUCGCGAUUCGAAGAUGUUCCCAAACAUAACGCCUUUCCAUGGUGAAAUGCGUCGACGAAUAUGGACUUUUGUGAGACAAGCAGAUUUACUUUUCUCUUUCCAGCUCGGGCUGCCUAGCAUGCUGCGCUCGGCCGACAGUGACACAGAACUCCCACGAAAUCUCUAUGAUGAUGAUUUCGAUGAAGACUGCAAAGAGCUCCCACCUUCGCGCCCACCAGAUGAGCCAACCCCUGUCUGCUUUCUGAUAACUAAAGCCCGUUUGUCGUAUGUCUUCGGCAACGUUGUUGAUCAUACCUCCUCCGUUCAUAGCGGAUCUUACGAGAAGACCAUGGAAUUUGAUGCAGAACUUCGUCGCGCGAGGGACAUGAUCCCGGAGCAUCUCAUAGUGCGUCCUAUGGAAGAAUGCCAACAUGAUCAGUGUCCCUUGAUUAUGUCACGGUUUUCGGUAAUGAGCGUUUACCACAAGGCGCAAUGUGUUCUUCAUCGGCAAUAUCUCGUCCGAGCACGGGACAACCCGCGAUUUACGUAUUCCCGAAGGACAUGUAUCGAUUCCGCAUUAGAGUUGCUGCGGUUCCAGUCCAUGCUCCACGAAGAAACGAAACCAACAGGUCGUUUGCGCAGCAGGCAUAACAGGGUGACCUCGCUUAGCUGUACAGAUUUUCUACUUGCAUCUACUAUUGUUUGUCUUGACCUCCAUCAUGGACUCCGACUACAGGCAGCUGGCAGGCCAUCUGGUGAUAUGUAUGUCUGGGGCAGAGAGCGCCGGGAAGAACUAUUGGCCGCAAUAGGACGUUGCAAGGAAAUCUGGGAUGAACUUCGUGAUGAGACCCUGGAGGCCUGGAAAGCUUCCGGUGUGAUGGGAGUGAUGCUAUCAAAGCUGAACCUGGGAUUCCUGGCAACCGAGAACGGUGGUGGAGUCGCACAGCCCUUCGAACCGCAGGACGAGAAGCAAAAUGCUGCUAUGACAUUAGGGCUCCUCAGCAGUGGAAUGAACCCCAUGAAUAACAAUGGACCACCUGCAUUUGCCGACCCAACGUUCAAGAUGUCGGACCCUUCUCUAGCACAAGGAGGGCUAGGGUCAGCAGACGUCGCAACUGCCGCCUCACCUUUCAGCGCAAUGUUUGGGCAAAUGCCCGAUAUGCAGCUGAACCUGGACUGGGAUGCAUGGGAUACCUAUAUCCAAAAUUCAACCUUCGACACGUCCAACCAGUGGUGGCCGAUUGCUGACAUGCAGCAGCCCCAACCUCAAGCCCAACAACCACAGGCCUCAAUUCCCCUGUCCCCUUCACGGAUGCCCAUAUCGCAGCCAUUCUUCCCGCCUCAAGCCGCCGCCGCUUACAACACUGCAUCAUUGCCUGGAGUUUACAACAGCGCAGACCCUUCCCGGCAAUCUAACGGGCGACAGGAAGAUAUGUGA